AUGGAGCGCAGCAGCAGCCAUGACAAUCAUCAUCAUCAUCAUUUCCUCCUGUUGACAUUUCCAGCCCAAGGCCACAUUAACCCAACACUGCAAUUUGCGAAGCGCCUCCUCCUCACUGGCGCUCGUGUCACCUUCGUAACAAGCUUAUCCGCCCACCGCCGCAUGCUCCAAAAUACUUCUACCUUCGCUUCUUUCCCCGAAGGCCUAACCUUCGCCCCUUUCUCCGACGGAUAUGACGAUGGCUUCAAACCCCAUGAAGCCACCCAUUCCAACUUCCUGUCCGAACUCAGAACCCGUGGUUCAAAGUUCCUUACCGACCUUGCUGCCAACCUCGGCAAGGAAGGUCGCCCCAUCACCUGCAUCGUAUACAGCCUCGUCAUGCCUUGGGCUGCCCAUCUCGCACGUAACCUCCGCGUUCCCUCCGCCCUUCUCUGGAUUCAGCCCGCAACCGUACUUGACAUCUAUUACUACUACUUCCACGGCUAUGAUCAAGAUAUGAUGAGGAGGAGGAGGACUAGUACGGAUGAUCACAUAUUAAUGGAGCUUCCUGGAGAUUUACCCGCACUCACAAGCAGAGAUGUUCCUUCAUUCUUCCUCGAAUCAAACGACCGCACCAAAUCAGCUCUUCAAGCGUUUCAAGAACAGUUUGAGACGUUGGAAGAAGAAGAAGAAGCGAAGCCAUGGGUCCUGGUGAACACGUUCGAUGCCCUGGAACCCCAAGCCCUAGCAGCCAUUUCUGAUAAGCUUAAUCUGAUUGGGAUCGGACCUUUGCUCCCAUCGGCUUACUUAGAUGGUAAUGAUCCCUCCGAUAAAUCUUUCGGAGCAGAUUUGUUUGGUGGCGGCUCCUCCAAACACUACAUUGAUCAGUGGCUCAACUCAAAGGCGGAUGCGUCCGUGGUGUACGUAUCCUUUGGAAGCCUAGCCGUUCUAUCGAAACCACAAAUGGAAGCCAUUGCCGAUGGGUUGUUAGAAAGUGGCCGCCCAUUCCUUUGGGUGGUCCGAGGAGGAGGAGGAGGAGGAGGAAAAGAAGAGGAAUCAUCGAAGAUAAUGGAUAGGUUGGAGGAACUGAAUGAAGCGGGAUUGAUAGUGCCAUGGUGUUCACAGGUGGAGGUUCUUUCUCACCCAUCGGUGGGUUGUUUUGUAACUCACUGCGGCUGGAAUUCAACAUUGGAAGGUCUGGUUUCGGGAGUACCAAUGGUGGGGUUCCCACAGUGGUCAGAUCAACCAACCAAUGCGAAGCUGAUCCAAGAUGUUUGGAGGACAGGAGUGAGGGUGAAAUCCGAGGUGGUUCCGAUCAGUAGUACUAGUGAUGAGGAAGAUAUGAAUGGAGAACAAUUUAUAAGGAAUAUUAUUAUUGUUAAGAGUGAUGAGAUUGUAAGAUGCUUGAAACUAGUAAUGGAGGAGGAGGAGAGUGGAGAAGAGAUGAGAAAGAAUGCAAAGCGUUGGAGUUAUUUGGCAAGAGAAUCUGUGAAGGAAGGUGGUUCUUCUUAUAGGAAUAUUCGAGCCUUCAUGGAACAGAUAGAUAGAGGUGGGAUCCUGUGACGUACUAGU